AAAGGGGAGGCGAGCCGGACGAAGGCAGGGGAGCUCUCGCCCGGCGCCGGCGGUCCAGCAGGGGGUUGAGGAGGAGGAGGAGGCGGGCAAGCGAGGCUGCAUCCCCUCGUGCCCGUGCACGCGUCCGCCGCAUGUCGGGAUCGCCCCUUCCCCUGGAGAUGUGGAAGAGCUGCGGGAGGAAGCUGCUGCUGUCGCUGGUGGGCUCCAUGCUGACCUGCCUGCUGAUGCUGGCCGUGGACCAGCAGAAGCGGCAAGUGCUGAGCCUGGCGGGCGAGGGGCACGGCCUGAUGAUCCCGCGGCCCCCCGGUGAGCAGGGGGGCUUCGGCGCCUACUUCAGCCGCCUGAGCCGGGGCAAGCGGGAAGGGCAGCCGGGGGCGGCGGCGCGGCGGCCGGAGCGGGAAGGGGCCCGGCGGCGGGUGGAGGAGAUCUCGCCCCGGGACGUCUUCAUCGCCGUGAAGACCACCAAGAAGUUCCACAAGGCCCGGCUGGAGCUCUUGCUGGACACCUGGAUCUCCCGCCACCACGACAUGACCUUCAUCUUCACAGACGGGGAAGACGAAGAACUGAAGAAGAAAACUAGGAAUGUCAUCAACACCAACUGCUCGGCUGCUCACAGUCGCCAAGCCCUGUCCUGCAAGAUGGCGGUUGAAUACGACAAGUUCAUCGAAUUGGGGAGGAAGUGGUUUUGCCACGUGGAUGACGAUAACUACGUGAACGUGCGGGCUCUGAUCAAGCUGCUCUCCAGUUACCCACACACGCAGGACAUCUACAUUGGGAAGCCCAGCUUGGACAAGCCCAUCGACGCGGCAGAGAGGAUCGGCGAGAACAAGAUGAAUCCAGUCCAUUUCUGGUUUGCAACAGGUGGUGCCGGUUUUUGCAUUAGUCGCGGACUAGCGCUGAAGAUGAGUCCUUGGGCCAGUGGUGGUCACUUCAUGAGCACCUCAGAGAAGAUCCGUUUGCCAGACGACUGCACCAUCGGGUACAUCAUUGAAUCCGUGCUGGGGGUAAAGCUGAUCCGGAGCAACCUCUUCCAUUCCCACCUAGAAAAUCUCCAUCAAGUGCCCAAGACGGAGAUUCACAACCAGGUGACCCUGAGUUAUGGAAUGUUUGAAAACAAGAGGAAUUCCAUCCACAUGAAAGGUGCUUUCUCCAUUGAGGAGGAUCCGUCCAGAUUCCGUUCGGUCCACUGCAUGCUGUAUCCAGACACCCCUUGGUGUCCCCUCAAUGUCGCCUACUGAAAGACAAGGCGUCUCCGUUCUUGAACCUCGUCCCGAGUUUCCCCGGUAUCCGAAGGGCUCGUGGGACCUGUGUAUGCGUGCGCAUGUGUGUGUGGGAGUGUUUCCUUUGCUGCAAAGCGAUUGGCUGUUGAUUACUGUGGUUCAUUCACAGUGUUUGUAUGUUUAUAGGCUGCUGUGCGGCCCAUUCUGACCCCUUCUGACACGGUUGCCCUCUCUGCAAGCUGAACGAGUGGAUAUUCUUGACUCUCCCUGCCAUUUUGAUAGGGUGGGAAGGAACUGCGCAUAAGCCUGUGUGGUUCUGGCUGUGGGUGUAAAUGGCAACCCCUCUCCAGCAACUGGCUUGAGUAUUUUGGAAUACCACUUUGCAGAAUUCUUACAGAAAGGCAGUGACUUUGCUUCCAUUGACUUUCUGCCGCUCACUGCCAGGUUUAUAAAAGCAGCUUUAGGCAGAAGAGAGUGGGGAAGGGGGGGUGUCCAAUUCAGCUCUUUUGACUUCAGUGGGAGAAGCAAAGUGCGUGCUUAACUGCAACCCUGAACAGAGCUGCCGAUGCAACAUUCUCUGCUUAGGGCUCUGGUGCAGAUCUCAGAAGUGAUUGGACAGAAAGGUGCUUUUAACCUUUGGCUUUCCCCACCUUUUCUUCCACCCUGUUUUCCCUACAUCCAAUUCAUGCAACUUCCAGUAGCUCUCCUAGUAUUAUCUUUUCUCGUUCCUUUCCACCUAUUAGGCUCCGGUUGAGAUUUUAAAUGAAGGUUUUCGUGCUAAAAGGUUAUUGUUGUUUCUGAAAGUCAACUUUUCUUUUUCAAAAGAAGAACUCUUACCCAAGCCCAUCCUGGAAUAUGUUUGCUUCUAAAAUCUUUUUUAAAAAACGAUUAAGAAAAGUUGUGUUUAGAGCUGGUCUCUGGGACUCCUGGCUCUCUUGGUUGCAAUGAAGAGAGGCCAAUGAAGUCGUAAGAAGCCCAGAAUUCAAUGACAAAGCUGGUGCUUCCCCGCCUCUUUGCACUCAGAGCCACCCAAGCUGAAAACCGAGGCAUUUCUAAAAAUGACAGGCCAGCCUCGCUAAAUGGAUGUACGCCCUGCGGGGAGGGAGCAUCUAAGAAAUAUAUCCUGCACAUCAUUGGGCCUCCCUUCAGUGCAAAAACUCUCUGCCCACUUGACAUUUCUACUGGACCAUCUCUUCCCAGGCUAAUAACGCUGACAACCAGCAUGGUGUAGUGGUUAAGAGCAAGUGCACUCUAAUCUGGAGAACCAGGUUUGAUUUCACGCUCUGCCACUUGAGCUGUGGAGGCUUAUCCUGGGAACCAGGACUCCGACACAUGCCAGCUG